UCCAUGGUGACCGGAGGGAGGGGUGGACCCGCCGGAAACUCUGUCUGCAGUGCCAGCAGAAAAUGAAAGGACUCCGGGCUGAUUAAACCCAUCUUUUAUCAGCGCUGGUGGAUAACAUCUUGCACAUAUGAGUCUGAGGGGCCGCAUCAAGUCCGUGUGGAGCCCGGCGCUGGCAUGACUGGAGCCGUGCGUGCGCUUUCUCUUCCAGUAUUAGAGCGAGAGUGUGUGGAGCAUCGCACCGGCUGAGAGCGCACUGGAGAGGGAUACCGCCCGUCAAUGCUAGCGACAAAAACACUCGCUGGCGCCACCGCAACAAUGGCACGUUAUUACGGGAUUUCUUAAAGUGUUCCGUGCCGAGCCGUGCGCCCGUGGGUCUGGAUCGUUAUGGCUAAACGGCGGUGUUCUGUGAGGCGUGCAGUUGCCUGAUAUUACCGUUUCAGGCCUGCUUUUUCCAUCUGGAAAUUUCUCAUCGGGGAAAGCAGGCCAGCUAGCACCGCUAGCUUUAGCCCUUUCUGCACCGCACUUUUGGCGUCUGCCGUGCACGUUUUUCAAUGACUACACACUUGACGCCAUCGUCUAUGUAUUUGAGGACUUUCUAAAACCACACGGUAUUUUAUGGGAUUCAUAUCGGCAGAGAAGGAGCGGCCCUAAGCCAAAAUGGUGAACUGGAGGCGGCUGCUGCGAAUGUCCAACCGCUCGUUUUUGGCCUUCAUAUUCUUCUUUUCCAUGUCCACCACCUGUCUCUACUUCAUCUAUGUGGCUCCGGGAAUAGCGAACACAUACUUCUUCAUGGUGCAGGCUCAGGGCAUCAUGUUGAGGGAUAACGUGCGGACCAUAGGACAGAUGAUCCGAUUGUACACCAACAAGAACAGCACUCUCAACGGCACUGACUAUCCCGACGGCACAAACUCCAGUGAACUCCUGGUCCAGCCAACGACAUACCUCCCAGAGAACUUCACCUACUCCCAACACCUGCCCUGUCCGGAGAGAUUACCUUCUAUGAAGGGACUUAUGGACGUGAACAUGACAGAAAUCCCCAUUGAGGAGACAGAGCUCAAGUUCUCCAAGUUUUUUGACAUAGAGUUUGGAGGUCACUGGAAACCAAAGGACUGCAGGCCUCGCUGGAAGGUGGCGAUCCUAAUUCCAUUCAGAAACCGUCACGAACAUCUGCCAAUCCUCUUCCAACACCUCAUCCCCAUGCUGCAGAGACAAAGGCUGCAGUUUGCCUUCUACGUUAUUGAACAGAGCGGGAGCCAGCCUUUUAACCGAGCCAUGCUGUUUAAUGUGGGGUUCCUGGAGGCCAUGAAGGACCUGGACUGGGACUGCCUCAUCUUCCACGACGUCGACCACAUCCCCGAGAACGACCGCAACUACUACGGCUGCGGACACAUGCCUCGCCACUUCGCCGCCAAGCUCGACAAGUACAUGUACAUUCUUCCAUACAGUGAGUUCUUCGGCGGUGUGAGCGGCCUGACGGUGGAGCAGUUCAGGAAGAUUAACGGUUUCCCCAACGCGUUCUGGGGCUGGGGAGGAGAGGAUGACGACUUGUGGAACAGGGUCCACUACGCUGGUCUGAACGUGACACGCCCUGAAGGAGAGCUGGGGAAGUACAAGUCCAUCCCUCACCACCACAGAGGGGAGGUGCAGUUCCUGGGCAGGUACAAAUUGCUGAGGUACUCCAAGGAGCGCCAGCACUUGGACGGCCUCAACAACCUGCACUACAGCCCCAUGGUGACGCUCAGCAGCCUGUACAAGAACAUCAGCGUGGACCUGUCCCCGGAGCUCGCCCCCAUCCAAGACUACUGACCCCUACAUGACCCCAACACGACCUCACCAUGACCUCCACAAGCCCCGCCCCCACGCGCCCCUCCAGCCAACCGGAGCGGAGAGAGGACGCAACAGGACAGAUGCAACAAGUAAUGCUGCCAAGAGAUAAAAAAUACAAAUCCAAAAGAGGAAAAAAAUGAGGAGAAGAAAUAAGUAAUACUGAGGCGCAGGAGAGCUUUUUUGCAGAGAACAGUGCUGUGUGUUGAGUGAGUGCGUGACACGGGCGACUGCAUGUCCUUUCUGUGCCGGCUUUCCCCCCCUCCUCUGGCCCCUGGUCCCUGGUUCUUUCGGAGGAGCAGCAGCAUCUGAGCUCCAGAGUCUCCUGAAGCCUUAACGUGGCAGAACCGGCUCCGCACUGCUUCACUUCACCGUAGAAGCCAACACCAGUUUUGUCUUUUAUUUUUAUACAUAUCAGUUGUUAGAGGCCGAGCGCUCCGCCAAACAGGAUCUGAGCUAGGUCAAUAGAGAUAUUUGUGAUGUACAUUUUUUAUGAUUUUGAUAAAUGCUAUUUAUUUUCUGGUGGUGGGGCCUUAGAGAAGCGCUCCUCUGCUGUUUGUUUUCGCUGCACUGCUGCUGAUCCGCAUGAAUAUGUAUGUAAAUAUCAACAGAACACAUGUGUAAAUAUUGGCCUUUAAUGCUCUGACAUUAUCCAGCGAUAUUCCAGUGAGUUUGACUUUUAUUUUGGCAGCUACCUUCUUUCUGAGGAUUUCAUAAGCGUGAGUGGUUUCUUCCACACAGGAAGACGUUUGUUUGGCUUAAAAAAUAUCCAAAUCUAAAGAUUUGACUUUAUCUUUUGCAUGCCUUAAUUUAUUUUGUUUACCAGAUGUUUUGUUUUCUUUGAAACAUAAAUUAUUUCCUCUGUUCAAGAUGUACAUAUAUAUAUCUAUAUAUAUUUUAUUUUAGCCUUUCUGCAUUUUCUCUUUGAGGUGCACUGUGUGACGAGUGUAGCUGCUCCAGAGUGGGGCUGCGCAGAUGGAAAUGAUCAAACCAAAAUGAAUGUUGCAAUAUCUUCAUGAGCCGUAACUCCUCAAAAUCUGUACAUCCUCUAUUAAUGUUGUCAUAAUAGAACAAGUUUUUGAUACACAGGAAAAGGCUUGACACUCAACACCAGUUUUGAUACCUGAAAAAAAAGAAAACUUUGACAAUAGAAUGUAAUUUUCAGCACAAACUAAUUGUGCUUUCUUUAACAUGUGGCUCUAAACUGGUGCUGAUCCAGAUUGUUCAAGAUUACUCUGAAAUUGUUCAAAGAAGGUCAAAUUUAGUUUAUGGCAUUUUUUCAGUAUCAAAUUAACUAUUUUCGAUACUGGUUUUAGUAUCAAUUUAGUUUGACAACCCUACCUCUAAUAUUACAUAAUGUGUGAUGUACAAGUUACCCUCAAUUUGACUUACCCCUAAUCGUGAAGACUUUUGCUAUUGCUGCCAUAGGAACCAUUCUUUGCUUAUUGCGAUUAUAUCUGAAGUUAUUCCCACUGCGCGCCCCCCUGUGGACCGGAGGAGGCUGCUGUCGGACGUCUGUACAGGGAGCAGGGUCGGCCAUGACGCAGGCCUCGCGCUGUCGUCAAAUGGUCAGGUCAAUACGAUAUUUUUUUUCUUUCUUUCUUUCUUUUGUAUUUUUUACUCUGAACUCGUUGGAUUUUUACUCGUUUUCCUGAGUAGUUGCUGGACCCUGUGAGUUGGCCGUUUGUAUCGUACUGUAGGGGGGCAGAAGCCGGGCUGGUGUGUGUGAAUGUGAUCCCUCAAAUGUUCCAAUGCUGUGCGCGAGUCCGAGAGGCCAGAAUGAGAGAACUGUAGCGCCUAAAGCUACUCGCGUUCUUGAAUGGCACUGUCAGAAAAUGAAGGGUUGUUUACGCUGGAGCGGCGUGGUCUGGUAUGAUUUGGUAUGGUUGAGUUUUCAAAAAGCAGCACCAAAACAGCUUUUUGCUACGAAUCAAUACAAAAAUACAGCAAGAAAACAUAAAAAUCUUGUUGUCAGAACGACUUGAAUUGAGUUGCUCUGACGUGUUUAAAUUGACUUGGAUUUUUUGAGUUGUUUCUGAGUUAUAUUUUUGUUUUUCCCAUACAUUUAUAUUUCAUCUAAUUAACUUGAAACCAGACUUCACAAGAAUAUAAAUGAAUAAAUAAAUAAUAGAGUAACAAAAAUAAGUAAUUUAACAGUUACAAAAAUGUAUUUCAAAGGUGAGAACACCAGAACUAAACCUUUUUCACAAGAUAAUUGAAAUAAACAAGAUUUUUUUUUUUUGAAGAACCUGAACAUUUUUAAUCUGUAAUCAAUCAUACACUCUACAAUUUAAAAAAAAUUCAGUCAGAAUGCAUAAGUUUUGUAAAAUUUAGGAAAAUAUCGGACUAUAUUAGUGCCCAAAAACUGAAAUACCAGGCAGUUUUUCAGCGUAAUACAAUAUAGUUGAGUCUCCAUACAAUUUUAGAAAUAAAUAAUUGACAAUAAAAUAAUAAUUUUUUAAAAGUAUCAAAGGUCAGAACUUCAGAAGACUGUAAAGUAAUAUUUAAGAGUUUUCACAAUUUAACAAACUAUCACCAUACCAGCUCAAACCAUACCACCCUUCUCUAGUGCAAACGCGACUUAGGGCUGUGAAAAAUCAAACUUCUUAAAGCUUUGAGCGCUCUAAAGGUUGUGAUAAAACUUCGUUGGCGGAUUUUUUGACCAGAUGUGUUCGCUGUUAUUCUCUCUGUUCCAAGUUUGACCAUGAAUCGUUUUGUGUUGAGUACAAUCACAUUUGUGGCCAUCAUCGGCGCGCUCUCUCUGAUCUGUGACAUUUUUGUUAUCGGUUCCUCCCAUAGAGACACACGCAGAAGUGGGAAGUGAAAUGUGAAACUGUGGUUAGUACACCAAAGAAACCCUGUGAACAAAUCCAUUCGAAACAAGGACCAAAACAGAUUUACAGUUGGUGUUGUGUGGCAAUACAGAAUUAUAACAGUUUAGGUUUACACAGGUGCAUUCACAACUACUAAGUUUCGCAAUAAAGCUACCAUAAUUGGAGUUUAAAAAAAAACAAAAAACACUUGUCAGUACCAGUCAAAAGUUUUGCACGUGUUUUCAUCUGUUCCCAUGAUUAUUUACAUUGUAGAUUGUCACUGAAUCAUCAGAAAUAUGGAUUUAGUAAACAAAAAUUAACUCAAAAUAAAGAACUCUGAAUAAAUAACUUUUAAAUAAAUUUAAAAAUGAAAAAUGGCCACCCUUUGCUUUGAUCACAGUGUUGCACUUUUGGCAUUUUUUGACCCUGACGAGGCAAAACUGUCAACAAAGCAAAGUGUGGACAUAAGGAUUCGAGUAUAAAAUAUAAAAAGUCAUUUAAUAUUUUUCUUUACUAAAUUCCAUAUAUUUGGCAGAUGUAAAAAGUUGUAAACAUAAAGAAGAAAACAUUGAAUGAAAUUGUGUCUAAACUUUUGACUUUUAGUGUAUAUUCGAUGUAGACCUAACAUUUUAAAACCAAUCUUUGAAAUCCUGACUCUAAAACACUCAAACAAAAUAUAAAUUGUCAACUUUAACACUAAUUGGCGCCCUUGGCCAUUCUGCGUACGGACAAAAAUGCUGUGAAAAGUUUGCUCAAACAUUACCUGCAUAUUGCCUCCUAGAAACAACCAAGAGCAAUAAUUAAGAGCAAUACUUAAGAUUAUUAAGCGACAUAUCCCAAACUGUCCAUAUCAUCCGAAUACAAUGUCGAAAUGAGCUGUUUAUAUCGAAGCUGUGAACAUCUUUAUUAUCUCUUAGUGAAUAUCUUGUUCCGCUUUGCAAAUUGGCUUAUAUUAUGACACAUUUUUCCUGAUUUGUUGCUUCUAGUGCAAAUAAAAAACAACUUUUACUCCGUAUAAUAUAUUGUAAAAACAGUAAUUUGGAAGAAAAAAGACUGAUAUAGAUUUUAGAAUUUUAAAAGUAGUUACCGUAUUUUCCAGACUAUAAGUCGCACCAGCCAAAAAAUGUGCAAUGAAGAAGAAAAAAACAUAAGUUGCAUUUUUUGGGGAAAUGUAUUUUAUAAAAUCAGAGACCAAGAAUCGACAUUUCAUCUUGAAAAGCAAGUUAUAGUAAAACAACAGAAGAGAGAACAAGCUGAGUAGGCGUUAAUAUGUUAACGUAACAUAUGAACAGUUAUUCAGAUAAUUAUAGCAUAAACAACAGAACAUAAGUUUACCAAACUCACGAUCUCACUCCAAAUCACUAAAUCCACUGAAUUCUUCAUCCUCUGUGUCAUUUCUUUGCGACCUCCGGAGAUAAACUGUAGAUCCAUGAUGCAAACGUAGCGCCACUUCCUCUUCUGUGUAGCUGUCGUCAGACUCAGCUUCAGUUCCAGUUAGAAUUAUUCCAGCCUUUCUGAAUCCCGACCGGAUGGUUUCGGUGUCACUGAACUCCAGGCUUUCUCGAUUCAUCGAGUGACUUCAAGGAAAGUUACAUGGCGCACCCACCGGGUUAUCGUGAAGCUGUGUUCUCCAUACCCGCUUUCCACCAGUCCCUCACAAGUUUCUCGCUCACUCCAAACUUUCUUCCUGCUGCUCGAUUACCGUUUUUGGCUGAAUUUUUCACUAUUUGUAGCAAGACAGGAGCUUUUUAUACAGGAGACAUGCACAGUAGAGCGAAGUGACAGUGACACAGGAGUAGUAGUAGUACUAGAUAAUGACACAUAAGCCUAGAGCGCCCUCUCAUGGCUGUCAGUGUGAAGUUUUUAAUAUGUAAGUCACACCGGAGUAUAAGUCGCAGGAUCACCCAAACCAUGAAAAAAGUGCAACUUAUAGUCCGAAAAAUACGGUACUUGGAUAAAAACGUCUGUCCUUAGUAAUCGUUUCCUCAUGGUUCCUUAUGCGAACAACUCCCAGAGAGUUGUUUUUCUGUCAUGGUGCAGUACUUGGGGCCUAAGUGGGCGGUGCUAAGAGUUAUCUUCAGUCAUGGUUCAAAAUUAGGUAAAGUACAGGGCAUUUAAUUUAGUUCCAUCUGAUUUGUAAUUUAUUUAUUUUUUUUUAUCAACAAUUCUGUAAUUUGCAGUCUACAAAACCUUCAAACUAAACUACUCCAGUUCAAAAUGACUGAACAUCUCCUGAAGAUAUUUUUCUGUAUUGUCCAACACCAACUUUCAAUGUGACGAUCUCUCUCCUUUCUCUCCUUUUCUGACCAGAUUGUGCGGCGUGAAAUGGCCUCGCUGGAGUUUCUUUGUGGUUUUUUUUAAGUGUCGAUGAAUAAAAUUAGGCUCCCUCUUGUCGCGAUCGCUGCCUAUCUUCUGAAAAUCUCUGAGCCACAGUAUUGGGAAGUCCGCAGCGUGGAGCAAUAGAGUGACCUAUAUUUGUUUACACUGACUAUUCAUGUUAAGAAAAAAAAAAAAAGCUUUAUCAUUUUAUACAAGAUGGAAUACAUAGGAUCAGAUUGGCUGAGAACAGUUAAAUCAGUUUGAGAAUCCAAAAUGUGUUGCCUUUUUUGGAUUGAUCUGUGAUUUUUUUCUUUUUGGACGCGUUUUCUUGAGUUUAGUGUCAGUGGUACAUUUCUUGGGUGUGCAGAUAGGGGGCACUGUGACCUCACUGUGUAGCAUUAAGACGCCGUGGUCAUUUGCAGAACACAGAUUUUUCAAUGACGACAAAGUUUAUUCAAUUUAGAUCAGCACUACCUUGAACAAAUUUGCGUCUGUAGUCAAUACGCUCUACAAAUUUGUCAGAAUUUGUAAUAUUUGUAGUAAAAUAGGGGAAAAUUUCAGCAAAUGAUAGUUCCCUGAAUUGAAAUACAGGCCAUUUUUCAUUGUAAUUACUAGUUUUUAGAAGCAAAAAUGCAGUUUUGUAAGAACGUUCGUCAAUUUUGGUCAUGUCGGAAAGCUUUAAGUGAAAUCUAGAACUGAACAAAACUUCAAAUUCUGCUAAUUCUUCUUAAAAAUAAUUCACCAAGAUGCUACUUUGAACAUUUUAAACAGCUAUUUCUACAAAAAGUUGUUGUUUUGUGAAUGACCACGCCGUAACUUUAGUCGUACAUAGGCUUGGUGAUCCACUGUUUAGGGCAUAUACAUUUAACAUAUUGUACAUACUUUUUUAGUUUGUAUUUUUUUAUUUAAAUCCUUCAUACAGCAGUAAUGCCUUAACUCACUCUCUAUUACUGUUCGUAUUGACUCCACUGCAUUUAUAUUUCUACUCUUCAUUUAUUUUUCGUUUCGCCGUAGUCGCACACUUUUCACAUGGCUUACCACACGGACAAGUUAAAGCAAUAUUCUGCCAAAAUUUCGACGCCUUUUUUUUGUUGUUGUUUUUUUCCAGUAUAUACACACACUGUGCCAUUAUUUUGACAUAUUUACAUUUAUCCACAAUUAUUUUUCAGAUACUCUCAAUCCUAGAAAGAUUCUACUUCACGUAGACUAGCUUGAAAAAAAUUUAUUGGGAAAUUUUGCGAAUUUUUACUGCUCACUAUGUGCACCUUUAUAACUCUAUAGUCACUCACAAUGGUAUUCUUUUAUAAUUAUUAGGUCAAGUUGACUUUAGAGACUAGAAACUGGAAGUAUACAGAGUAAUGCUACUGAAUUUGGGUACUUAUUUAUAUUGUACUUUCGCCUUUUCAUUUAAGUACACCAGUGUCAGUAUUUCAAUUUACAAAGUUACAACCAUGUUUUUUGUUUUGUUUUGUUUUUUGGCUCAUUCCAGCUGCCAUAUCUCGACCAGUGCUUGUGCUACAGUUAAAAAUGUGGAUUAUGUGGAUUAACACGAGAAUCGGCUUGAAUAGAUGCAUCAAGAAUUUCGGACUUCCAGUCACUACGCAAUGCAUACUGGGAAGGAUUUUCCGAAAAAGUGAGUAUCAGAUCACCAUGUUUGAUUUCCCAGUGGGAUGGGUCUAUUGACAAAGCCAGUCUUUUCUAGUCUCUUGAACCAUAUCGCUUUUUUUUCUGGUUCUGAUAUUGUCAUAUUUUAGUUUUGGGAUUCAGACAUUGUAAUUGUGUGGUUGUUGGACGUCCUAACACCGGAAAACGGCUCGAGAAAUUUGUUUGCGAACUCCAUAAAUGCAAAAGAGAAUCAGGUGUGUCUGACUGCAAACCUUCUGUUCAAACUGUUUCCCUUCCCAACGGAAUUGAAAAAUAGUGAAAUGCGAAGGCGAUGGGCAGUAUUGUUACACAGGAAGGAUGAAAAAGGAAACAUUUGACUGCCUAAAUCAUCCAGAGUUUGCAGCGAACAUUUUGUAUGUGGAGCGCCAUCAAAGCAAAACCCUGAUCCCUCGCUCAACCUUGGUUACGAAUUUAAAAAGUCAAUGCCAAAGCAAAAGGCAGCAGCUGUUCCCCAAGAAACACUUUCCACUGCAAAGAGACCAAGACGUGAUGUUGCUGUAAAACCACAAGAACAAGAAAGUGCGAGCUCGGCCUGUUUGUCUUCUGAACCUCUCGCUUAACAAACGGGACCCUGCUUUGAUGGCGCUCCACAUACUAAAUGUUCGCCGCAAGCUCGGGAUGAUUUAGGCAGUCAAAUGUUUCCUUUUUGGUCCUUCCUGUGGAUCAAUCCUGCCCAUCGCCUUCACCUUUCAUUAUUUUUCAAUUCCAUUGAGAAGGGAAACAGUUUGAACAGAGGUUUGCAGUCACACAGAUCUGAUUCCCUUUUGCAUUUAUGGAGUUCGCAAACAAAAUUCUCGAGCCAUUUUUCCACUGUUAGGACAUCCAACAACCACACAAUUACGAUGUCCGAAUCCCAAAACUAAACUAUGACAAUAUCAGAACCAGAAACAAAAGUGAUAUGGUUUAAAAGACUAGAAAAGAUUGGAUUUGUCAAUAGACGCAUCCCACUGGGAAAACAAACAUUGCGGUUUGAUGCUCACUUUUUCGAAAAAUCCUUCCCAGCAUGACGGGAAGUCUGAAAUUCUCGAUGCAUCUAUAAGCAUGUUGGCUAACCCUAACUGCCAAACGCUACUAAAAGAAAAACGCGAAUUGUUAAAAAUCUGUGUCAAAUUUGAAAUGUCCCAUGGCCUGUUACUAUAAAAUACUUGUUACUGAUACCGAUGAUAAAAUUUUGCAGUGUUUUGUGCCUUUUGUUGUUUGUUUAUGAAGAGAUUUAAAGUGUUUCAAGGUGUAAAUGGUUUUCUCUGUGUAGCCAUGAAAUCUGGAUCUGUUGUCAACGGCAACGCAGCGUUAUUUAAACUCUGAAACUCAAUAUACGGGCAUUACGAUGAAAUUAACUAUCUCCUUUUGGUUUGCAGAAGUUUUUGGUCAGUUUACACGACUUUUACUCGUUUCUCGACUGGUCUGUUGUCGUUGUAGCUUUGCCUGAAAUGUUACACAGUAUGGCAUUAUUGCAUCUAUCUUGAAUACAUUCUGUUCUAAUGAAGGUGUUUUUUUGACUGCUCGAAGACAACAUUCUUACUGUGAACUGCCUCUCCACGGAGCUGAGCCGUGACUGUGCCAUGCGCGACGCUGCUGCCUGCACGUCUCCAUGGCGAUCGAUGAAGUUUAAUGCCGUACUGUGGAACGUUUUUCGCGAAGUAGCCGUAAUCGUAAAUCCAAGGAGACAAGCAGGUAGAAGCAACAUUACGCAAUUUAAGUCUUUUUUUAUUUUUAUUUUUUUGUCUUUUAAAACAAAUCUUGACAUUUAUAAAUCACACUUGCAAUGUACUUUUUGUUAAAUUUUGGUGACAUGGAAACUUGAGACAAACCUUUAAAAACACGUUCUGUACACAGGAAGUCAACAUUUUAAAAACUAAACUUGAAAAUGAAAUGGUGUCUGACCAGUUGAGAAAUUUUGUAAAAAUUGUCAUUGUUUAUUUAAUGCUGUGUAGCUGAUUUGUGGUGUUCAAAAUGUGUUAAAAUUGGUGGCCAAUACAACACAUUUCUUUGCUUUUUGUGAAGAAUUAAAUAUUAAAAAGAACAAAACUCGAAAUUUCAAAUUUGAAACUCUUUCAGUGUCCAAUCCAUAACAAAACAAAUCAAAAUUAUCAGUGUUCUUGACGCAUUUCAUAUCUAUUUUUAUAUCAUUUCAGAAAUUUGGGGCACAUUAUCAAAAGAUUAUAAAUUUGAGAAAAAAAAUAUCUGUGUUUGCACUUUUUUUUUUUUUUCAAAUAUUUCUGUAAGCAAAGAAAUUGAGAAAAAAAGCCACCUAUUUUUUGUAUUGUAAUUUAAAAUGCUGACCCAUCAUUUCUAAAACAACAAUGCUAUUGUUCAAAAUGUAUUUCAAUUUAAAUUUUAUUUUAUAUUUUUUGUAAACUUACCGCCAAAAAAAUCCAUUUGUUAAUUCAGAAUUUUGGUAUUGCCACUAUCUGCUGUUACAUAUUAGGCCAUCAUACUAACAUCUGUCAUUUUUUGAAACUUUGUUGAAAUUCAGUUUGAAAUUUCAUCAAAAUUUGGAAAUUUCUUGCUUUCUUGUCAUGUAGAAUUUCUGUACAAUUCCUCUUUUUGUAUACGCUCUAUACCUGAUCACCGGCGCAAAAGUGAGAACUCCAUUGAGCCAAUCGGAUGUAGCACCGACCUGCUCACCCACUGGACAUUUUUUAAUUUUAUUAUUUUGUAUGGCUCCAUUGUAAAUCAUCUGCCUUUAUUUUUAUUAUAAUUUUUUUUAUUAGAUUUUGGUAACAGACAGUUGCAAACGUCUGGUCUGGUGUUGAAGCGUUUCUUUGUAAAGUUUUCUUUCUUUGUCGACAGAAGACAAAAUAAACACUCAUUGCCAUAUUCUGGGAAAAAUGAAA